CAUGAAGUGAACAAAUUGCCGUGAGCCACUGUGUGUCGGCACAAACGGGUGGGCUUCUGUGAGAAGUUAAAACCGGUUUGUCGAUGCGCUACGUGGACUCGUCCACGGCUUUCGGCGCGCUGAGGUAGACGCUUGCCGACUCAAUCCACCUUCUAUGACGCCGUUUUCGUAAAGUCGCUAAAAGGUGGAAAGGCAACCUGCAGCGACAUCGCCUCGGAGUCGGAGUAGCCAGACACCGCUGCAAAAAAAAAAAAAAAAAAAAGUUGACAGACACCUGGACACUCUGGAUAAAACUUUCCACUUUUCCUUCAGGGAAAUCCCGUCUUAAAAUCUUUUCAUUUCGUCGGUUGGAACGCUGACACAAUGUUUGGUCAGCACAUGCUACAAGCGGGGAGCUUCACGUCCAAGUCAGGGGUCGCUCGUUUUGGGAAAUGAUGACUGUCAGCACCGACGGCAAAAUUAUGGUCAGAAGAUGGCUCGUGACGUUCAAGCCCUUCAGGAUAUUCGUGGUGGGAAUAGGCUUCUUCAGCCUGUGCUUUCUCAUGACUUCUCUAGGGGGGCAAUUCUCAGCCAAGAGACUGGGGGACUCCCCCUUCACCAUCCGUACAGAAGUGCUGGGAGGUGUGGAGUCACGCGGUGUGCUGCGGAAGAUCAGUGACAUGCUGGAGGUGAUUCUGAAGCGAAUGGAUGGUCUCACCAAGCUGGACAACGCCACCGCUGCCGAUACACGACGCCUUGAGGAGCUCAUUUCUGCAAUCAACAAGUUUCAACCAGCUGGCCUCAUGGAGAUGAUCCAGACUAUAGCUCAGAAUGUCUCCAACAUGGCAGUCAGAGUGGAGCAGAUACUGCAAACCAGCAUUAUGCAAGGCAAAGCUGUGAGAGAUGGGACGUCAAGCCAGUGCGAGGUACCCAAAGAUCCCCGCUACCCAGAGUGUCCUGGAAAAGUGGACUGGAUGCGAGCACGCUGGACCUCUGACCCUUGCUACGCCUUCUAUGGUGUCGAUGGCUCCGACUGCUCCUUCCUUGUCUAUCUCAGUGAAGUGGAGUGGUUCUGCCCCCCGCUGGCCUGGAGGAACCACAGCAGCCAGCCCAGCCCCCAGCAUGUCCACCAGGCUAAGGGAACCGCCAAGAGGCCUGCUGCCUUCCGCACCGAUCUGUCCAUGCUGCUCGACCAGAUUGGCGCAGGAAAGGAGUCUCUGAGCUUCAUGAAGCGUAGAAUCCGUCGUCUCGCUCCACAGUGGACAACAGCUGCCAACCGCCUCGAUGCCAAGCUGGAGCAUCGGUGGAGGGACCAGAAGAAGGUAGCAAGGAGGAUCACUGCAAUCUGUCGUUUUACGUAUCUUUUGUUUUUCAAUUGCGGGAGUCUUUUUUUUUUUUCCACAGAAACGGCGGCUGUUAAUGAUGAAAAAGUAUGCCUUUCUUUGCAACAAGAUGCCAUGUCUGCUCCACACACAACCAUUCGCCGUUUUAAUAAUGUACACGGUUUAUCUGAAAACGGCACAGCAUUCCACAAAUAGAAAGCAUUACAGUAGUUCUCUCUCUCUCUAAAAAGAAAAAAAAAGACCCAAUGAUAAGUUGUCAUCCAUCAUAGCUUUCUGAUGUCUUGCAAUAUGUGCAUGUCAGCUAAAAUCACAUUUCGUUUUGAAGUGGAUAA